CAUAAUGUUGGUCAGCUCAUAAAUAAGAGCACCGAUUAUGAGAAAACUAUGUGGGAAAGAAUUGAAAUGGAGUUAGAACAAAUGUCCGAAUCGUUUUGUGAUGUUUUUAAGGAACCUUGCCAAAAAUAUAGGCUAAAUCAGAAUGAUACGAUAAUGGAUAUCUGUAAAGAGUUCAUCCAUAAUGAAAAAAUGAAGAUUAAUGUGGAUGAUGAAUUGAGUAAUGUUAAAUAUGGGAGAUGGUUAGAUAAUUCUGAAAAGCUUCAAACAAU